AUGUUGGCUGCUCAGCAGGGUUUGAACCCUCAGCAGAUGCAGCAGCUACUUCAGCAACAACUACUCAAUCCCCAGCAGUUGCAGCAAGUGAUGCAGCAGCAAACUUUCCUUCUUCAACAACAGCAACAACAAAAACUGCAAGAGCAGUUGUUGCACCAGUUGAAUGAACAGCUGCAAAUGAACAUCUUGCAGCAAUCGCAACUCCUGCAGCAACAGCAGCAGGUGGCACAGAGCCCGCAGACAGGGUCAAUACACAGUCAGAUAACACCGACUGAUAAGAAUAAAAACAAUAAACAAGUAAAGCAGAGAAUGCAGGAACUGACUCUCCAACAGCAACAACUCAUUCAACAGAUUCAGUUACAGCAACGUCAGUACCUUCUCUCACAGGGUAUCGGACUUGUUCCAUCAUUUGGUUUACCCCAAGCCUCCAUUUUCUUUUUCUUUCAAUUUUAUGUCCACUCAUCACAUCUGUCAUUCUUCUCCAUUGUGUCAUUUAUCUUUCUUUAUUUUUUAUUUCUCUUUUCUUUUUGUAGAUUUACUUUUUAUCUUUCACUCUCUCUCUCCUUAUCCCUUCCUCUUAUCACUUUUCUCUUUCUUCUUUGUCAGUUUUCCUUCCCUUCUUUCUUUUCCUUCUCUCUUCCUUUCUCUUUUUCUUUAUUUGUUUUGCUAAUUUUUCUUUUUCACCUUCCUCUUUUCUCCUCAUUUCUUUUUGCUAACUUCUUUUUCUUCCUUUCUCCCUUUUCUGAUUUUUCUCUUUUCUUUUUUUCAUUUCUCUUUUGUUUACUAUUUCUUUCUUUCUUUCUCUCUCUCUCUCUAUUUUUCUAUCUGCUUAUUUCCCUCACUUAG